UCCAACUGACCAUGGCCCUCUCCGACCUUGUGCUUGCAGCCACUGCAGGCUUCUUUGCCCGUGCCAUCGCCCUGGCCACCGCUGCUGCUCCGCUUGCUGCCGACAUGGUCCCUGCAGGCGCCCUGGGUCUGGGCGUGGUUGCCGCCGCAGCGGCAGUCGGCACGCUGCGGUUCGCCUUGGGGGCAGGCAAGGCCUCCAUGCUGGGCAUGAUCCAUGCUCAGCUUGCCUCUGCGGCGUCAAACGUUGGAAUUGUACUCAUUGCUGCCGAUGUGGCCUUUACCCUGGCUCCGCGCGCACUCGGCGCGGUGCUCCCGCCUUCGAUGUGGGCCUCUGCCGUCGCUGCCGUCAUUGCCGGCCAUAUUAUCCUCGGCUCGCGAGUUCCGGGCUAUGGCGCCGUGCUGCCGCUGGUGGCGGUACUUGCUGCUGCCGGCGCCGGCAUCCGGGCCGAGGACCAUGUCGAUCCGCUGCUCGGCUACACGGCGGUCGCCGGUGCGGCGUGCAUCGUGGUGGCGGCCGCUGUGGGCGUCAGCGGCGAGCUCCGCGGCAUCUACCGCGUCAACAUCUUCCACUACGUCCUUGCCUGGGCGCUGUGGCUCUGGGCCAAUGUUCUGCUGGACACACGCGGCGUCGGCGGCGGGCCGCGGCCAGGCCUUCUCCUGCAUCUCGCGCCCGAGUAG